AUGGUAUCAGCAUCCGUCACACCACUUCCUCCGAGACGUGAGCGCCCACGACCUCCGCCACCGGCAGUGGUGGAAGCAGAGCAACAAUGGAUCUUUGCGGAGGAUGAGUUGCUCCAGGCGCCGUCGAUAGUGGAGGGCAUGGCCCCAGAGGAAGAGCGCACACUGCGGAGAAAGGGCGUCAACUUUAUUUUACAGGUGGGCAUGAUGCUCAAAUUACCACAAACCACUCUCAGCACAGCCGCCGUCUUCUUCAACCGGUACUUGAUGAGGAACAGCUUGAAGUCUAAGCCUGGCUACAAACCGCUGCAUCAUUACCAAGUUGCUGCGACUGCCUUAUUUUUAGCCACAAAAGUCGAAGAGAACUGCCGCAAGAUGAAAGAGCUGGUUGUAGCAUGUGUCCGAGUCGCGCUCAAAGACCCCAAUAAGCUCGUCGAUGAGCAGACAAAAGACUUCUGGAAAUGGCGCGACACAAUCUUAUACAGCGAAGACGUACUUUUGGAAAGCUUGUGCUUCGAUCUCAACGUCGAAUCACCGUACAAGACCAUGUAUGACAUGAUGAAGUACUACGGCGUCGAGCACAACAAGAAACUACGCAAUUCUGCAUGGUCUUUCUUGGCCGACUCUGCUCUUACGCAGAUGUGUCUUCUGUUUGACUCGCGAACCAUCGCUGCAGCAUCUCUAUACGCCGGCGCUCGUAUGGCUGAAGUCAAUCUUGAAGACGAUGAUGGCAAGCCAUGGUGGGAAAUCCAGCACGUCAAGCUGCGCGACAUUAGAAAAGCCUGCAACCUGAUGGCGGACAUAUAUGAGAAGUCGCCGGAUAAGGACGAAGAUGCAAAUAAGUACUCUGGACUCAGAACACCUGAAGAUGGCAUUGACUUUGGCGAUACGCCGAGAAGCAUGGAAGGCAUACAAAUGACAGGUCAAGAGCCGAGUCAGAGUCAGCCAACCGCGAACGGGACCGGUAACGCGACAGAGAGGGGCAGUGAAGAGGGCGAAUUAGACGGCUAG